AUGAGUCUGCGUAUGGAAGCGCCCAAACAUCGAGUCCAAAGAGAGCCAUCGUCUAAAGAGGUUGUGACGGACCAUAGCGACACCGAGCAGCAUUCCGUUCACCUGGAGUGUGCCCGGGCGCGUCCCGCGCGACCAGGUGGAAGCACCGAUGUUCUCAAGAGUUGUCCUCACUCCUUACUCCUCCGUCCUUACAUGUGGAAAUAUAUUUUCCGAGCCGGUCGGCUUCGGCGUUCCGUUGCCAGAGUGCCUAAAUCUCUCGGCAUGCCGUUGAAUGACAUGACACCUACUCACCUAGUACCAAACAAAAAGAAGGUUCAAUAUAGCCCUCGCGAUAGCUAUUCAGUCGAUUUUGGCGCCAAGGAGUCGAAAUAUGUAGAUGUGGUAUAUGGCGAAAAAUCAGUAGGUGCGAAAUGUGCAAAAUGUGCAGAAGAAGAGAAAGAAGAGAAAGAAGAGAAAGAAGAGAAAGAAGAGAAAGAAGAGAAAGAAGAGAAAGAAGAGAAAGAAGAGAAAGAAGAGAAAGAAGAGAAAGAAGAGAAAGAAGAGAAAGAAGAGAAAGAAGAGAAAGAAGAGAAAGAAGAGAAAGAAGAGAAAGAAGAGAAAGAAGAGAAAGAAGAGAAAGAAGAGAAAGAAGAGAAAGAAGAGAAAGAAGAGAAAGAAGAGAAAGAAGAGAAAGAAGAGAAAGAAGAGAAAGAAGAGAAAGAAGAGAAAGACAAGAGAACAAGAGAAGAAGGGAAUUAG